CGCGGGGCACCGAGGAGCGGGCGCGGCGGGAGCAGCGCUCGGCGACCAGAGCGGAGAGGCCCGAACGGCGCCGCCCCCGCCGCCCCUGCGGGGCCCCGGCCGGGAGCCGGACGAGGGAGGGGGCGGCAUGGACCGGUGGCCCGGGGCGCGGGGGCGCUAGGCCCCCGGAGGGGCGCCCCCCGCCUCGCCACCGCUGCUGCCGCCGGGCCGCCCUCCGCAACCGCGCGCCGCGCCCGCUCCAGCCGCCCCCGGGGCCGCCGCCGGCCCAUGAGCCCCGACCUCAAAGUUUGCGGCGGGCGGGCGGGCGCGGAGCCUCCAAGAUGCCGUUCCACCCGGUGACGGCGGCGUUGAUGUACCGGGGCAUCUACACCGUGCCCAACCUGCUGUCGGAGCAGCGCCCCGUGGACAUCCCUGAGGACGAACUGGAGGAGAUCCGUGAGGCCUUCAAAGUCUUUGACCGCGAUGGCAAUGGCUUCAUCUCCAAGCAGGAGCUGGGCACAGCCAUGCGCUCCCUGGGCUACAUGCCCAAUGAGGUGGAGCUGGAAGUUAUCAUCCAGCGGCUGGACAUGGACGGCGACGGCCAAGUGGACUUUGAGGAGUUUGUGACUCUCCUGGGACCCAAGCUUUCUACCUCGGGGAUCCCAGAGAAGUUUCAUGGCACUGACUUUGACACCGUCUUCUGGAAGUGCGACAUGCAGAAGCUGACCGUGGAUGAGCUGAAGCGGCUGCUGUACGACACCUUCUGUGAGCACCUGUCCAUGAAGGACAUCGAGAACAUCAUCAUGACGGAGGAGGAAAGCCACCUGGGCACAGCUGAGGAGUGCCCCGUGGACGUGGAGACCUGCUCCAACCAGCAGAUCCGCCAGACGUGCGUGCGCAAGAGUCUGAUCUGCGCCUUCGCCAUCGCCUUCAUCAUUAGCGUCAUGCUCAUCGCAGCCAACCAGGUGCUGCGCAGCGGCAUGAAGUAGGCGCAUGCGGUGCAUGAGGCCCCCUCUGCGCCCGCCACCGCCUGCAGUCCCCUCCCUCACUCGGCUCCCUGGGCCACCGCCGCGUGUACUUCAGGUCCUGGACAUCUGGCAACCCUACCCCACCCACCCUGUGGGCCCUGCAUGGAGCUGUGGCCUGGCUGUGGAGGGCCUGGUGGUGGCUCUUGAGGGCAGCCCCCAGCCCCGCCUCCACCUUGCCCAUCCUGGCCCGAAUGUAGCACUCACUCUUCCCACCGUCCAGGGGCUCCUGGGAAGUUUAGGAGGAAUUUAUACAGGGUCCUGUAGCUGCUGCUGUGGGCACUUAGGCAGGAAGGAGCACCCUCUGCCCAGGGUCACACAGCCAGCCCGACUGUGGUCCCUGACAUUUGCCCAGGGCUGUGGGCAGGGUGGAGAUGGGGGCAGAAUGCUUCCUCUUGUAGAGGGGGUGAGGCUGGGGUUUCCUGGGCCCUAUUCCCUGGCCAAGUCUGGGAAGGCCUCUGGCCUUCUGUGGGGUCCCUUUCUCUGACCCUCCUUAGACUCAAACCCAGCCUUCCUCCAUGUACCCACUGGGGCCAAAGAAUUUGCCCAUUUCAGAGAGGAGGACCCUGAGACUCAGAGGGCCCCCAGAUUUGGCUUCAGGACCCCCUUCAACAGGGAUUUUCAGGAAGGGCAGAAGCGCAUGGCAGAUGGGGCAUCUGAGGUGGCCCUGCAGUCUCUCUACCCUCUGAGCCCCCUCAUCAGAGGCCCACUGGCCUGAGGGCCACAUUGCCCAUCACCACCCAGCACAGAAUCUAGAACUGGAGUGCAGUGAGGAGGGAAGCAGACCAGGGGCCGGGAGUUUCCAAAUCUCAUGAGCAGCCUGUGCAACCUUCCCGUUGCAGGGGGCUCUUCUGGGGCAGAAGCCCUGGGAGGGGCCCUGUGUCACGCUGGGCUAAGGGGCUGGUGUAGCCCAGCACUGUCGGUGCCAGGAAGCUCAGCCAGGCCACUCCAAGUCCGGGGCCUGUCCACCUGGGGCCCCCAACUUCUCUACACCAUCUAGGCCAGAGACACAGCUCCCACCAAGCUCCACGUUCGGGCACCAGCUCAGCAUGGGCAGACAUGGGGACAGGGACAGCAGACUGGGUCCUCAAGCUCCUCUCCCACACCCGGAGUCACUUAUCACAGCCACACUGGCGCACUGUCUGCGCAGCUGUGCUGAGCCUCUGCCGGCCCUCCAGGGAGACGGGCAGCAAGCAC